AUGUCGUUUUUUGAUGAAGAUAUUAAAAAGUCAGUAUGGGAGGGGAAAAUACCGAUCAUAUUUACCCUAUCUCCUGAUGAUUUAACUUCUCAUUUACCACCUUCCCCAUACACAUUUAUGGCACCAAGAAACAGUUAUUUUCCUUUAAUUACAAGCGUUGUUAAAGAAUAUUUUUCAUCAAGCACUCUAGUAUUAUUAGAUGAAAUGUGGUUAGAAUAUAGAGGCAUUCCAUUAAAAUGGCAUGUACCAAUAGGUGUAUUAUAUGAUACAUUAGUAUUAAGCAAGAGUGGAGGUGUUAUAGAGCAACCAUAUUGGAAUAUUGUAGUUCACUUUCAAUCAUAUCCAGAUAAAAUUUUAUUAAAAUGUCCAAAUAUUGAAGCUGUUAGAACUUAUUAUAAAAAUGUAUUAAAAGAAGCUACAUUUAUUAAACAAGGUGAUAUUAAUAAAUUUAAUAAUUUAACAAUCAAUCAAUCAAAUGAUCUAUGGGAUGGUUUAAAAAAUCAUGACUAUGACAAAUUUUGGUCAGUUAAUAAAAAAUUUGCACCAAACUCUUAUAAAGAAUAUAAAAAUAUACCAAUUAGAUUAAUUAUUAAUUAUAAACCACCAGUUCAAGAAUUAAUACCAGUUUAUGAUGGGGAAAAUUCAACAACAGAAAUCACAUUAGAAAACUUAUUUUCAAAAAUACCUUAUGAUUCAGUUUCAAGUUUAUUUAAUUAUAUAAGUAAUAGUAAUAAUACAGGUAAUUUAUCACCACCAUUAUCACCAUCAGAUAGAAACUCUGCCGAAGUUGACAAUAAUAUAGAGAAUUCAAUUAAUCAGUCAUCUUUACCACCAUCAGCAGAGUAUUCAAAUCUUCUUCAAUUUAUGAAAGCUUGUGGUAUCAAAUAUAGAAUACAAGGUAUCGAGCCACCUUUAGAUUCAAGUGCUGUUUGGUUAUAUGAAUAUUUUUCACAUCCCGAUAAUUUUAUUUAUAUUACUUUGUUUGAUCCUUCAAAUUUAGAUAAUAAUAGUUUUAAUUAUAACCUCAAUAAUAGCAACAAAAAUAGCAACAACAAUAAUAAUAAUGAAUAA